GGUCAACAUAAAAUGUAUUUAAGUCGUUAUGUAAUAAUUAAAAACUUCAAAAAGUUCAGUAGCCCCGUUUUUAUAGAAGUCAAUAGAUGUGAUUGCUAAAGGUACCAAUGAUUUGGUUAAUUUUUCUUAUAUCGUGCUUAACACUAAAACCGCUUAACGCACAAAAUGCAUUUGAAGCACGGCUCUGUACAGCACCAGAUAAAAGAACGGGAACCUGUAUACCUGUAAAACUAUGCCAACCCAUGGUCCAUUAUCUUCUACAAGCACCUUCAAUAACUCACGAAAUUGCUGACAUGUUAAUUCGAUAUCGCUGCGAUCCUACAAUACAAGAGAUUAUGGUCUGCUGCCCAAAUGGCCCAAUAAUAAUAAACGCAACGCAAAAACUCGAAACAAUCGAGCCAAAGAGCUGUACAACACCCCACAAAAGAAUAGGAACUUGUGUCCCUAUAAAAAUGUGCCUCCCCAUGAUAGAUUACCUUCAACGUGUACCCUCAAUAACGCAAGAAAUAUCAGAAAUGCUAAAUGAAUUUCAAUGUGAUCUUACACAAAAUGAUAUUAUGGUAUGUUGUCCAAAAGAACCAAUCAUAAUCAACGAAGUGAGAAAAAUGUUCAGUCGAAAUGUUGUGCAGCAUCGAAAUAUAGACUUAUUACCCGAAAAUUGCGGCGAACUACCUGGAGGCAAUCGAAUUAUAGGUGGAAAUAAAACCACCCUAUUUGAAUUUCCGUGGAUGGCCCUUUUAGCUUAUAGAUCACAGAAUAUUGUUGAAUUCCGAUGUGGUGGCUCUAUUAUUAACAGCCGAUACAUUUUGACAGCUGCACAUUGCAUAACGCAGCUUCAACCUUUACAACUGGUCUUCGUACGUAGUGGAGAAUAUAAUAUUAGUUCCUCUAUAGACUGUCAAGACUAUAACAACGGCCUUUUUCAAAUUUGUGCCUCUCCGGUACAAGAUAUUGCCAUCGAAGAAGUUAUUCCACAUCCAAACUAUAAUCGAAUGGCUUUGAGCAAUGACAUUGGCUUAAUUCGUUUGGUUGCUCCCCUAAAUUUCAGCGUGGAAAAUGUUAAACCGAUUUGUCUACCAACAGACAACGAUCUACUAAGAGCCGAUCUUACUUUCCGAGUUUUAACAGUAACCGGUUGGGGCUUGACAGAAACAGGUUCCAGAAGCGCGGACUUACUAAAGGGAGAUUUUCGAAUUUCUUCACAGAAAUAUUGCCAGAUGAUGUAUGCACGCGCCCGACUAAGAUUGUAUAACACGCAAUUGUGCGGUGGAGGUACGGUAGACUCGUGUGGCGGCGAUAGUGGCGGGCCUUUGCAAGGAAUAGAAUCGUUUAUUGACGAAGAUCGUUUUGUGCAAUAUGGUAUAGUUUCGUUUGGGCCUAGGAGAUGCGGAAAUAAUGGAUUUCCCGGAGUUUAUACAAAAAUUGGACCGUAUCUCGAAUGGAUUUUAGACAAUUUAAAACCAUAAGCAUUAUUAAACCAUUAUAUCUGAAAUCUA